UCUGUGUUGUGCCGGUAUAGCAGGAGUUUUGUGAACGAUUUUAUUUUUGAUGUACUAAGAAUAGUGACACAUUUUGACUUAUGCCAGUAUAGGUUAAACAUUUUAAUUUAUAUUUUCCGUUGUGUCAAUAUUGCUUGAACUUUUCACUUAAAUUUUUGGGUUGUGCCAAUAUAAAAUAAACUUUGUUGCUCAAAUUACUAGUCUGUGCCACUACAGAAGGCUUGUUAACUUUAUUGAAUUAUUUUGCAUCAUGAAUAAUAAUUUAAAGGGCUCUCGUGGUCAGAAGAUGGUCGAUAUGAUCAAAUUAAGGUAACGCAUGCACAGAAAUACUUGUAACUUCUUGUUUUAUUAAUUUGACCAAUUUAUAGGUUGCAAAAAGAUUCUACUAAUGAAAAUCGAUCAGAAUGGAAUAUAGUUAGUCCAACUACAGCACAUAAGGAUCUAAAUGAUGUAACUUACACGGUUUCUAGUUUUAAUUCUGAAGGGUAUUUUAAAGAACAUUCUCGAGAUGUCUUAGAAGAAUCGUUAGGAACUGGAACAAUGCUGAAAAAGAUAGAGAUACCAUCAGUGGACAACGAGGUUGUAGUGUCAGAAUACACUCACACAGACGAUGAACCACAGGAUCUAAAUCAAAACUACAAAAAAUGUUUGGCACUUAAACAGUCUAGAGAAUCUAAAGAAAACAUUGCAAAUAUCGAGAACGUAGAGCCAGAAUCGUCAAAUAGUUCCCGCGAAGAAGCGCCAUAUUCGUCAGAUGACUCAAUUCGAGAUCCUAAUUAUUCUGAUGAUUCAUCUUCAAACUCUUCAGAGGCUGAGUCAGAUAUGUCACAUGUAACCGCUGAGACAAUUCAAGAGAAAAAAAAGACCAGAAAAAGAAAAGCGGAGCCAUCAACGUGGAAAAAAAAUUGUGCAAAGCGGUUAAGAAAUAGCGGAAAAUCUUAUAAAACUUUGGUAAAAGGAAACGAAAUACCGGAAAGGAAAAUACAACCCGCCUGCAAUGAGAAGUGUAAACAAAACUGCAGUAGAAAGUUUACCGAAGAAGAAAGGCUAAAGAUAUUUAAAAAUUAUUGGGACAUGUCAGAUAUCGUAAAGCAACGCACGUACUUAUUGACUCUCAUGCAAGAGGUUAAUCCUAAAUAUAGGUAUCCUGUUCAAGGUGGCCAUGGCGUCAGGGCCACAAAUCACGCAUUUUAUUUUUAUAAAAAUGAUCAAAAAAAAAGAGUAUGCAAAACAUUUUUUAUUGCAACACUGGGUAUUACUAACCGGUGCAUACGUACAGUGAAAUCUAAGAUUAAGAAUGGUACCUUGGGACAGGAUAACAGAGGAAAACAUGCUAAUCACAAACAAGUUCCUGAAGAUAUAAAAGAUGGUAUUCGCGCCCAUAUUUCAUCAAUUCCUGCAAUCGAAAGUCACUAUACACGAGCUCACACGGAAAAGACUUUCAUUGAAGGAAGUAAAACAAUUGCCCAGCUGUAUCGGGACUAUAAAAUAGAUUGUGUUGCCCAAGGAAAACCUCACGGAAAUUUAACUAUGUACAGAAAUAUUUUUAACUACGAAUACAAUAUAGCAUUUUUUGUUCCCAAGAAGGACCAAUGCCAAACAUGCGUAUCGUUCCAAAAUUCAAACGAAGAAGAGAAAAAAACUUUCGAAGAAAACUAUAAGAAUCAUAUCGAAGAGAAAAACUUGAGUAGAGAGGAGAAAAUUAAGGACAAAAGCAAAAUCUCUCCGUUCUUUCAAGUUGCAUGUUUUGAUUUAGAGGCAACCCUUCCAACACCGAACGGGCAAGUAUCUUCAUUUUAUUACAGGUCAAAGUUAUCGACCUAUAAUUUUACUGUGUGCGAUAUAACACCGAAGGGGCAGGGUGCUGUCUACUGCUACAUGUGGCAUGAGGCUCAGGGAAAAAGAGGCGCAGUUGAGAUUGGUACGUGUUUAUUAAACUAUUUGAAAGAAAAAUCGGAAACUUCAGACUGCGAUGACCUAGAAAUAACGUUUUAUUCCGAUAACUGCGCUGGCCAGCAGAAGAAUAAAUUUGUUAUUGCUGCUUUUCUUUAUGCUGUCGCCAAUUACAAAAUAAAGUCGAUAACUCACAAAUAUCUAGUCACGGGGCAUACUCAAAAUGAGGGUGACAAUGUUCACUCUUUAAUAGAGAAGAACAUUAAACAAGCUUUAAAGUCUGGACCUAUUAGUACACCGUCACAAUACGUUGGUUUAGUUCAAACAGCCAAAAAAACCGGACCUCCAUUUAAAGUAAUCGAAUUGGCACACGAAGACUUUUUAGACCUAAAAGAGUUAGCUGAGCGGACUUGUACAAAUUUUACCAAAAAUUCUUUUGGACAAAACUUUAAAUUAUCGGAUGCUUCUGUAAUUAGGGUAGAAAAAGAGAACUUGAAUAGUUUUUUUUAUAAAAUUUCCUUUAAAGACAUUAACUAUAAAAGUGUCAAAAUUAAUAAUGAAAGACGCACUAGAACACCUUUAAAUAUUGCUUCUUUGGUGAAUUAUAAUUUGCAAAAAGCGUACACUGCUGCUUUACCGAUUAGCAAAAAGAAAUACGAUGAUCUUAUGUUUCUAUUGCGAACUAAUGCUAUUAAUAAAACCCACAGUAAUUUUUAUGAAAGCUUAACGUUUUGUGAAUAAAACCCCCCAAAAUUGUUUGUUUAAGUAAUAUUUGUGUUAUAAAAAUGUUUGUGUUUUUGUAUUCUAUAUAAUAAUAAAGUUUGUUUUAAACCUUGUGUUUAUUUUAA